UCAUCUUUCCCGGACUACUAUCACGCACCAAAUGCCUCAUUUGACUCCUCAACAAAGUCAGAUCCAGUGAUCGACAGAGACCCUGCGGGGAAGGGAAGCAGCCCUACGAAGGAGAGGAAAAAAGAUAACAGUAAACCAGACAUGGAGAAGAAACCGACUGGCAAAGCCACAACCAAGACGCCAGAACCGAGGCCCAUUUUGGCGCCCACUGAGAUUCAGGUGGAUGUUAAGGAGCCUCUACACGAGACGCCGCGGAGUAGAGUCGUGCACUACUUCCCGUGCUGCGCCAUCUCUUGCGACCAGCUGAAGGCCGUCGCCAUCGUGCUGUUCGCCUUCGUCCUCGCCAUCAUCGUCAUCGUCGUCAUCUCCACAACUACGCAGAAAAACACGCAAGCCUUCGAGGAGGCGUCCGCCACCGUGUUUAUCGGCUGUGGACUCGUCACUGGAAAGCAUGAGGGAGACGUCCUGGUGUUUCGUGGGAUUCCAUACGCAGAACCACCUGUAGGGACAAUGCGGUGGCGUCCCCCUAACCCCCUGCACUCACUCGAUUCAUGUUGGAAUGGCACAUUUGAUGGAACCAAGGCGGCACCCGCUUGCUAUCAGGGGGAAGGAACUAUGAAGGAAUUAUCGCCACUGAAAGGAAAUAUGAGUGAAGAUUGUUUGACACUUAAUGUGUGGACUCCGGAUCUCAAACGCCAAAAACACACAACCGCACUGCCAGUUGUGGUUUACAUCCACGGAGACCAGUUUAUUGGAAGAGACGAGGAUACGUUAGAGUGGGGACCUAAUGCUCAACAGACAAAGAUCACAAAUAUGGUUUGGGUCAGUUUUAACUACAGAGUGGGAGCGCUGGGAUUCCUAGCACUAGACGGCCUAGCUAGCAACUCUCACUCAUAUACGUCUGGCAACUAUGGACUGAUGGACCAGAUUGCAGCGCUGGAAUGGGUGCGGGAUAACAUACGAGCAUUCGGAGGUGAUCCGGAGUCGGCCUACUGGCUCACGGUGAUCGAUAGCACGUUAGAAGCCAAGAGGCAAGAGGAAACCACCAGACCCUCAUCCUCCCUCACCUAG